AUGGACCAACCACCAAAGGAUGCUUCAGAAAUAGUUCCUCGAAAAUAUCAACUUGAGCUUUUAGAGGAUUGUAAAAAAGGAAACACAAUUUUAUAUCUUCCAACUGGAAGUGGCAAAACAUAUAUAGCUACAAUGCUUGUUAAAAGCAUGGGCGAUUGUUUAACUAAACCAAUGGGUCAAGGAAAAAAAUGGACAUUUUUUAUUGUCCAAUCUGUACCACUUGUUAGCCAACAAGCAGGUAAUUUAAGAAGGCAUUUGCCAUGGAAUAUAGGAACAUUUAGUGGUGAUAUGAAUGUUGACUUUUGGUCUCAACAGCAAUGGAAUGAAAUAUUGGAGAAAUGCCACAUUCUGGUUAUGACUGCUCAAAUUUAUUUGAAUAAUCUGCGUCAUGGCUACAUGCAUAUUAAGGAUGCUAAUCUUCUUAUUUUUGAUGAAUGCCAUCAUGCUGUAGCAUUACAUCCAUUUAAACAAAUAAUGCAAGUACUUCACGAUACCGAUUUAAAAACUGAUGAACGUCCCCGUAUUCUUGGACUCACUGCUACUUUGAUCAACGCAAAUACCAAAAAUGUCAGAGAUGAGUUAACUAAAUUGCAAAUAACAUUUAGUGCCACUAUAAAGACUAGAAAUGAUGAUAAUAUCCAACUUUUUUCAGCACGUCCAAAAGAAUAUAUAAGGUUAUAUGAUGAGUAUAUUUUGGAUGAUGGAAUUAAAACUAUUGUUGAAAGAAUAAAAACAAAUACUUGUUAUAUGAGAAAAAUUCAGGCUCCUGUCAAAAUUGAACCAAUUAAAGAAAAUAAUGAAACUUAUUAUUUGGAGAAUAAUAAACAAGCUUCAAAGAAUUUUGCCAAUUAUUUUCUUGACAUAGAGGCAAAUCUUGUUGAUGGAGGAGCGUACAUCGCGUAUUUAGUUACAUGGCAUUUUAUGGUCGAAAUAGAAAAGAAAAGAAAAAUAUGUACAGAUGUAAAAAGACUCACUAUUAUGUCUUUGGUAUUAUCAGAAUUAACUAUAACUCGUAAAAUGUUGUAUGACUACAUGAAUAUACACACAUUUAUUUACAAAGGUCGUUCAACUACAUUACUCAAUACAUCUCCUAAACUGAAAAAAUUAAUUGACAUUUUAUCCUCAAUUAAAAUUACUGACACUUGUUUAGUAUUUGUUGAUCGCCGAACAACUGCUAAAAUUUUAUAUCAUUACAUUAAGGAUUAUAUUGAUGAAUUUAAUCAAGUAAAUAUUGUAUGCGAGUUUAUAGUUGGUGCAAGAGGAAUAUUUAGUCCUGACUGCAAAGAAAUGGUGUAUAAAAAACAACAAAAUAAUGACAUUAUUAAGAAGUUUAACGAUAACGUUAUUAAUGUUCUCAUAACAUCAGAAGUACUGGAAGAAGGUGUUGAUAUUCAAACUUGCAAUUAUGUCAUUAGAUAUGAUUCUCCUAAAAAUUUUCCUUCUUAUAUACAAUCUAAAGGAAGAGCUCGUUCUACUGAUAGUAAAUUUAUUUUAAUGGUGCCAAAUCAGAUGAAAUUUCAAAAAACUCAAAAUGAAUAUAAUAAAAUGGAAGAAGAAAUUGUUAAACUAUUGGUAGAAAAUGACAUUGAUGAUGAAAAUAAUGAUGAAAAUAUGACAGAAGUUUUUAAUACUAAGACUAAACGUGCAGUAUUAACUCAUGAAGUUGCUAUAAGUAUUAUUAAUAGGUACUGUUAUUCCUUACCUCAAGAUCGAUUCACGGAUUUGAGUCCAGAAUGGUAUAUGGCACAAAAUAAUAAUAAGUUCAAAAAAUACAAACUAAAACUGCCUAUUAAUGGUGUUAUUAAGACUCCUAUUGAUGGAAUAUUUUGUGCAAAUAAAAAAAAUGCUAAAAAAAGUGCAGCAUUUAACGCAUGCAUUGAACUAUAUAAGAUUGGAGCAUUGGAUGAAUAUCUGUUGCCUAUAAAUAUUAAAAAUACUGCGAUAUUUAAUGAUUUAAAAUGGUUUCCACAUUGGGAUGAAGAAGAUAUUGAAGCAAGUAAAUAUAAAUUAAAACCGGGAACUAAUAAAAUGAAGAGAAUGGUGCAUAUUGAAAGUCCAACAUACUUACACGGAUCUUAUCCACAAGUAAAUCAAUCAUCAUAUUUACAUGUUCUUCACUGUGUUCCUGAUUACAUCAACUUGGAAGAAUAUAAAUACGAAACAUUUGAUAAAUUAUUAAGGUCAAAUGAAGAAUUUGGAAUUUUAACAUCAAAUAAACUACCACAAGUAUCAAAUUUUCCUAUAUUUUUACCUUUUGGUAAUGUGAAUGUUAGCAUAGAAGUAAAUGUUGAAAUAUUGUAUCUUGACCACAAAAGUCAUAAGCAACUAGAAAAUUUCCAUAACAAAUUAUUUGUGGAUGUGUUGGGUGUAAAAGAUUUUAUUGCAAGAAGUUAUGACAAUGGAGAUAAUUCAUAUUUAGUAGUACCUAUUUUUUCUGAAGAUAAAAUUUAUAAUGUGGAUUGGAAUGUUAUCAAUGUAAACAAAUUUGUUGAAACAGAAGAACCUACUAUGGAACAAAGAAAAUCAAAAUUUUAUGAAGAAUAUCUCAAGACCCCUAAUGUAAUUUCACCGUGGUACAGAAACAUAGUACCAGUACAAAGAUAUAUUGUCACUGAUGUUUACUUGGAUAUGACACCUGAAAGUUCUUUUCCAACUUCUGAGUAUGAUACAUAUGCAACAUACUUUAGUGAUAAGUAUAGCAUUCAGGUUGCCCGUAAAAAUCAACCCAUGAUUAAAGUAAAAUCAUUGGGUGUGUCAAAAAUUAAUUAUUUAGUUCCGAGAAUUUCUACCGGUAAAAUUGAUAAACGAAUAGAAGACAAUACAAACAAAGACACAGUAAAGAUUGAUGAUUUUAGUGGUAAUCUCGAAGGCAAAAAGAAAAAUAUUAUAUUGCCAAUAAGUGAAACAUUAAAAUACUUAGAAAACUCCCAUGACAAUAAUAUGGUUGAUGAGUGGAAUUCAAACAAUUUUCCAAUCGAUAUUGAAAGGCCAAAAAAACACAACAAUGUUGGAUGUUCUUAA